UCCACUCAUUUCAUUGGGAAGUGUAAUCUGACGCCAGCACUCAGCACCAAAAUUCAAAGAAAAAAAUCCAAUUUUUCAGAGAAAAAAACAAUAUCUACAAAUUUUACCUAUAUCGACUGUCAAAUUAGAACCUUUGAGGACGAGGGAAAGAAUUCAAAUUUAUUUGUACACGAUAAAGAUCUGAUUUUUCUGCUUAAUCAUAAGAAAUUGGUCCCGUUUCAUGAUCAAUUAGUAUUGAAUUUUUGUGGGUUGAGAUAAUUUCAUGGCGACCAAAAUGUAUUUGUUGAGCAGAAUUUGGAGGGGAAAAAAUGUUAGGAACUUUAGCGCAAUCCCAGAAGGCAGCAGCGCCUCUUCACCUUCUCACCAACUCAUCAAUUUGGAAUACCAGUGCAGUGCCCACAAUUACCACCCUAUUCCUGUAGUUUUUUCUCAAGCAAAAGGAUCAUCUAUCUGGGAUCCAGAAGGCAAAAAGUAUAUAGACUUCCUCUCAGCUUAUUCUGCUGUUAAUCAGGGGCAUUGUCAUCCAAAGAUAAUGAAAGCAUUGGUAGAACAGGCUGAAAGACUCACUCUCAGCUCGAGAGCCUUCUAUAAUGACAGAUUUCCAGUAUUUGCAGAGCGUCUGACCAGCAUGUUUCGCUAUGAUAUGGUGCUGCCAAUGAAUACAGGUGCUGAAGGGGUAGAAACAGCAUUGAAGUUGGCGAGGAAAUGGGGUUACAUGAAGAAAGGAAUUCCAAGAGAUGAGGCUAUAAUUGUUUCCUGCUGUGGCUGCUUUCAUGGUCGGACACUGGCUGCUAUCUCAAUGAGCUGUGACAAUGAAGCAACCAAUGGUUUUUGGCCCUUGUUGCCAGGUCAUCUGAAAGUUGAUUUCGGUGAUGAAGUUGCCCUUGAGAAAACGUUUAAAGAGAAAGGAGAUCGGAUAGCUGGUUUUCUGUUUGAGCCGAUUCAAGGGGAGGCAGGGGUUAUUAUCCCUCCAGAUGGUUAUCUGAAGGCAGUCAGAGAUCUUUGCUCAAAAUAUAAUAUCCUAAUGAUUGCGGAUGAAAUACAAAGUGGCUUAGCACGCUCUGGAAGAGUUCUGGCUUGUGAUUGGGAAGAUGUCCGCCCUGAUGUUGUUAUACUUGGAAAGGCGUUGGGCGGUGGAGUUUUACCCGUUAGUGCAGUUCUUGCACAUAAAGAUGUUAUGCUCUGCAUUCAACCUGGAGAGCAUGGAAGCACUUUUGGAGGAAACCCUUUGUCCAGCGCAGUUGCCAUUGCAUCACUAGAUGUGAUAAGAGAAGAAAGACUUGCUGAAAGGUCUGCUCAACUGGGAGAGGAGCUUAGGCAACUGCUUGUGAAGGUUCAUGAACGCUUUCAUCAGUUCAUCAAGGAAGUGCGUGGAAAAGGUUUGUUCAAUGCUGUAGAGCUCAAUAGCAAGGCCUUGUCCCCUGUAACGGCAUAUGAUAUAUGUCUAAAGCUCAAAGAGAGAGGAAUCCUUGCUAAGCCAACUCAUGAUUCUAUUAUCCGCUUGACCCCUCCUCUGUCCAUAAGUAUUGAUGAGCUCCGAGAAGGCACAAAUGCACUAGAGAAUGUGCUUGAAUUUGAUCUACCAAAGAUGCAGAAGGAGAAGCCAAAAACUGAACUUCAUACAGCCUCUAGUAUCUGUGACCGAUGUGGCCGUAACCUGUAUGAUUCUUCUUAAAAUUCAUGAUAUCACGAGUGACUUUUGUUAUGUCUCAUUUGAUAUAUUUUAUUUUGCAGUGGAGCAAAAAUUAUUUAUCUCAACUUGAGUAACUUUAUUCAUGCUCUCUGUUUUUUUAUGAUUCUCCUGUGUGACUUAACAUGAAGUAAUACAUUGCAAAGCUAUAGUUUAUAUAUUGAGGUUCGAGCUUCAUAAUCUUUA